AUGGGGGUGGAGCAACAGCAGCAGUUCACAAGAAAUGAAACUUGCAACAGAGAGAAGGCAGAGCUGUGUGGAGUACGGUGCAGAAAGAGGAAUCUAACAUCAGCCUUUCCAUAUCUAUAACUAUAAAGUAUCAGUGGUGGCCGCUGUGAGCUGUACUCUCUCUGAGGAGCAGUUCCUGUGCUCCAUCUGUCUGGAGGUCUUCACUGAUCCAGUCACUACACCGUGUGGACACAGCUUCUGCAGAGUCUGUAUCAACAAACACUGGGACAACAGCGACCGAUACAACUGCCCAGUCUGUAAACAGGACUUCAGCUCAAGACCUUCCUUAAAAAUCAACAUUGUUAUGGCUGAAAUGGUUUUUGAAUUAAAAAAUAAACCUGGAGGCGAAGAUAUUCAGGUUGAAACAAUGAGUUCAGAGUUCCAGUCCUCUGCUCCAGCAGAGGUGAGCUGUGAGGUGGAGGUUCCUCCAGCAGAGGUGAGCUGUGACGUGUGCCCAGAGCCCAGACUCACAGCCCUGAAGUCCUGCCUGGUGUGUCUGGCCUCGUACUGUCAGAUCCACCUGCAGCCCCACCUCACAAACCCCCGUCUGAAGAGGCACCAGCUGAUCCAACCUCUGCCCAACCUGGAGGAGCGCAUCUGCCCUGAGCACGACCGACCUCUGGAGCUCUUCUGUAGGGAACACUCACACUUCAUAUGUCUGCUCUGUAUGUCUGAAGACCACAAAGACCAUCAGACAGUCCCCCUGAAGGAGGAGGGUGAGGAGCACCAGGCCACGCUGAAGAAUCAGAUUAAAGAAAGACGUCAGAAAAUCGAGGAGAUCCGGCGCUCAGUGGAGCUCAGUCAGAGAAACGCAGACACAGAAAUACAAGAAGGUCUCAGAGUCUACAACGCUUUGAUGGAGUGUGUUCAACAAAGUCUGGACAAGUUCAAACAGAACAUUGUAGAGAAGCACAAGAAGAACGAGGAGGAGGCAGCUCAGCUGAUAGAGCAGAUCCAGACAGAGAUCUCUGUGCUGGAGCAGAGAGGAGCUGAGAUGGAGCAGCUCUGGAGCUCUGGAGACCACCUGCACUUUGUACAAACCUUCACUUCAGUCAAACCUGCUCCACAGCUCAAUGACUGGACCAAAAGAAAUAUCUGUUCAACAUACGGUAGAAUGUUAGCUGAAGAGUUUUCUGAACUGAAAAAACAGCUUAAUAAGGAGAUUCCUGAGGUCUUUGUGGCUCAAUUUAAAAGAAUGCAGAAACAAUAUGCUGUAGAUGUCACUCUAGAUAAGGAUACAGCUCAUCCAAACAUUAUUGUGGGAGGGUCUUCAACUUACGCACAGUAUACAGCUAAUAGUAACAACUGUACAUGCAACUCUAAAAGAUUUACUUCAAAGGUCUUUGUUUUAGGACAACAAGCAUUCUCUUCAGACAAGUUUUACUUUGAAGUCACUGUGAAAGGAUCACAACAAUGGGCAGUGGGAGUGGCCAAAAAGUCAGUAAGUAGAGGGAUUUACAGUGAUGCAAGACCGUAAUCAUGGGUUCUACUUAUUACAAUGGGACAGUGAAGUGUCUAACACAUGUAGAGUCGGUGAUUCUUAUGUGAAUCUGAGAGAUAUGCCAACAAAAAUUGGAGUAUAUGUGGAUUAUGAGGAGGGUCUAGUCUCUUUCUUUAAUGUAAAUAGUGUUGUUCUCAUCAGCUCUAUAACUAACUGCUCUUUUACUGAAGACCUGCUGCCAUUGGUGAGCCCUGGUAAACG